AUGUCCGUGCGGGUGAAACGGGAGCGGAGUUCCCGUGAGCUGUCUCCACGGAACUCGCUGUCGAGCCGGGUUAAACAAGAGCCGGUUAGAGAGGGCGGUGCAUGUAGGGAGAGCGGUGCAGCUCGAGGCUUGGUGGGCCGGGACGUGGUGCGCGUGAAGCGAGAGGCCGACGACGACGAGCCCCGAAUUAAGCGGGAGCCUGAAGAGGACGACGAGGAUGAGGAGCCCACCGUGAAGUAUGGUCGAUUUGACCCAGAGGAUCGGCGGAGCAGGCACUGCCCAUACUUGGACACCAUAAACAAGAGUGUUCUGGACUUUGAUUUUGAGAAGCUGUGUUCAAUCUCACUGUCACAUAUUAAUGUCUACGCGUGUUUGGUAUGUGGAAAAUAUUUCCAAGGUCGAGGCUUGAAGUCCCACGCUUACAUUCACAGUGUACAGUUCAGCCACCACGUCUUCCUCAACCUUCACACCUUGAAGUUCUAUUGCCUGCCAGACAACUAUGAAAUCAUCGACUCGUCCCUUGAGGAUAUCACUUAUGUUUUGAAGCCCACCUUCACUAAGCAGCAAAUAUCCAACCUGGACAAGCAGGCCAAACUUUCUCGAGCCUACGAUGGCACCACGUACCUGCCUGGCAUUGUGGGACUGAACAACAUCAAAGCUAAUGACUAUGCCAAUGCGAUACUCCAGGCACUAUCUAAUGUCCCGCCCCUGCGGAAUUACUUCCUGGAGGAGGAGAACUAUAAGAACAUCCAGCGCCCUCCUGGAGACAUCAUGUUUCUGCUUGUCCAAAGGUUUGGGGAGCUCAUGAGGAAGCUGUGGAAUCCCCGGAACUUCAAAGCUCAUGUUUCUCCCCAUGAAAUGCUGCAGGCUGUAGUUCUGUGCAGCAAGAAGAACUUCCAGAUCACCAAGCAAGGUGAUGGAGUUGACUUCCUUUCCUGGUUCUUGAAUGCCUUGCACUCUGCCCUUGGUGGGACAAAGAAGAAGAAAAAAACCAUCGUGACAGAUGUGUUCCAGGGCUCCAUGCGGAUAUUCACCAAGAAAUUGCCACACCCAGAUCUGGCAACAGAGGAGAAGGAACAGCUACUCCAAAAUGAUGAGUACCAGGAAAAAAUGGUGGAAUCCACCUUCAUGUACCUGACCCUGGACCUCCCCACAGCCCCCCUUUACAAAGAUGAGAAAGAGCAGCUCAUUAUUCCCCAAGUGCCACUUUUCAACAUCCUGGCCAAGUUCAAUGGAAUUAUGGAGAAGGAAUAUAAAACCUACAAGGAGAAUUUCCUGAAGCGCUUCCAGCUCACCAAGCUGCCUCCAUACCUCAUCUUCUGCAUCAAGAGGUUCACCAAGAACAAUUUCUUCGUGGAGAAGAACCCAACCAUUGUCAACUUCCCCAUCACGAACGUGGAUCUUCGGGAAUACCUCUCUGAGGAAGUACAGGCUGUGCAUAAGAACACAACCUAUGACCUCAUCGCAAACAUAGUGCAUGAUGGGAAGCCAGCUGAAGGAGCAUACAGGAUCCAUGUGCUGCACCAUGGCACGGGCAAGUGGUAUGAGUUGCAAGACUUGCAGGUGACCGACAUUCUCCCCCAGAUGAUCACGCUGUCUGAGGCUUACAUUCAGAUCUGGAAGAGAAGAGACAAUGAAGAGGAGACCAACCAGCAAGGAGCUUGAGACGGCAGAUGGGAGCCACUGAAGGAUGAAGAGGGCAGAAUGCUGGGCUCACCAGUUU